AUGCCAUUUCUGUCCCACGUCAAGAAGGUCUUCUCUUCGUCGCGCAAGCGUGAUGGUGCGCAAAUCCAACAAGGGCCUGCCCAGACCAGCGCAAAUGGCCAACCUGCUCAAUCUCCCGCGAGUAACCCCGCUGCACCUUCGAAUUCAGCACUUGAUCAACCCCCAGUUGUCGAUAAUGAAGCCCCAGCAGCCCCUGGUAUACAGCUAUUCAAGCUUGGAAAUCUCUGGGAAGAAGCAUAUGGCCAGAUAGAGACCAAGAGCCCUAAACUUAUAGAUGCCUAUAAGCAAAGUCUUCUUCAGACCAACGAGACCUCCCCAGAUCUCCAGAGUUUGAUCAAUGACAAGCUUGCAGAGAUUCAAAAUGCCCGAACAAAGAUCACCGUCGCCGGAAGAGAGAUAGUCGUGCGUGACAAGGUUCAACGAACUAUAAACUCAAUCCUCUCCGCUGGUGGUCUGAUCGGUGGAGUAAUCAGCGCGGAGCCACAUGCAGCCCUGGCAUGGGCAGGACUGCUGGUACUUCUGACCCCUAUCUCUAAAACCAUCUCUCAAGGUGAUGAUGCUGUGGAUGGAUUCGAGGAGAUUUCGAGCAUUCUCAUUCGGUAUAGAGUCAUCGAGACAACGCCAAUCGACCUAUCGGCCACGAGUAAAAUCCCUGGGACAACGACGUCUUUGGAAGAGCUUGCAAAUUCGAUAAAGACUCAGACGAUUAAGCUUUACGCGGCAAUUCUGGAAUAUCAGAUUCGACUUGCGAAACAUCUUUCCAAGUCCCGACUUCUCAGGCUUGCAGAAGAUGUGGCGGCUACCGACGACUGGCACGAAAUGUUCCAACUGAUCACUCACCUUGAUGAGACGAUACAAUCUCGGUGGAAGAUUUUGGAUGGUCAAGUACUCCGUAAAGUGGAGUCUGAGGUGGUGGCUAUUCAGGAAAAGAUAGCUUUGUCAAUGAACAUCAUGAGUGAAGUGCGGGAUGAGGCGAAGGCAAUACGCCAGGAGCAGUUAUUGAAUAGCCUAGAGGUCGCCAGGGGCGCGCGAUUCGAUUCAUUUGACGAUCAACACAAACCUUGCUGCUUAGAGGGCACUCAAGUCGACACACUCCAACAAAUUCAAGCCUGGUUGGAGAGCACUGACUCCGAGGCGAUGUACUGGCUUGCUGGUAUGGCUGGAACCGGAAAAUCCACUAUUUCGAGAACAGUCGCUUCAGCAUGCUGCCAUCGAACACCUCUGGGAAACCAGACGGCCUUCCCUGAGAACGUCUUCCUAGGUGGUGUCUUCUUCUUCGAUAAAAAUGAAGGCGACAGGAGCACGGCUCGGAAGCUUUUCACAACUCUGUGCAAAUGCCUGACGGAACAUCUCCCGGGGAUCAAAAGUGAUGUUAGCGACUAUAUAUCCAGUCACCCGAACAUUGGGAACGAGUCAAUCAGCAGUCAAUGGAAGAAUUUGAUUCUUGAUCCUCUUCAGAAAUUUGACAAGAAGAACUUGGUGUCAUUUACCUUGGUUCUAGUGAUUGAUGCUCUUGAUGAGUGUGAAUCCGAGGAUGAUAUUGGUAUCAUGUUGCAGCUGUUCAGCCAAGUCCAUAUCCUAAGUACCAUAUCUCUGCGAUUCUUUGUCACUAGCAGGCCAGAAGCAACUAUUCAGUCGAGUUUUGAUAGCGUCGUGGACGUUGCUGUCCUCAGGAAGGAGCUUCAAAAGGUUGCAUUGUCAAUAGGGACAGGAAAUUCAGUCGACGACAUAACACGGUUUCUCUUGCAUGGAAUCGAGCAGAUUGCGCAGAGGCAUAGCCUUACGAUGGGCUGGCCAGGCAAAGAGAAUGUUCAAAAGCUUUCCUUCAAGUCUGAUGGGCUCUUCAUUUAUGCAGCAACAGCAUGCCGCUUCCUUGGCGAGUCACGCAUAACGCGAAAUCAACGUGAUGCGCGUUUGAAGAGCAUACUGGAAGGAAAGGUUAAUGAGAAAAGUCCUCAAGGGAACUUGGACAAAAUGUAUAUGCAAAUUCUGGAAACUUCGGUUACUGGUGAUGCGAUUGAUGAAGAGAGAGAGCAACUCUGUGAAUUAUUCCGGAAUAUCGUCGGAGCUCUGAUCAACCUGGUGGAGCCCCUUUCGAUGGACCAUCUCGCUAAUCUCCUCUCAUUGGAAUUCUCAGAUGUGAGUGAGAUAUUAGAGCGGCUUUAUUCAGUCCUAUCAUUCGGGGAAAACAGAACUUCUCCUGUUACGUUGGUCCACCUCUCAUUCCGUGAUUUUCUUCUUGAUGAGCAUAGGUGCUUAGAGAGUGGAUUUUUGAUUCGCCAGAAGGAGGCACAUACGAUACUCCUGCACCAGUGCCUAGCAGCCCUUUCUGAUACGCUCAAGGAAAAUAUCUGCCUUCUUCCAAAACCGUCCUCUCGAGCUACAGAUGUGGAUCUUCAAGUUCUUGAAAAGAAUAUCUCUCGGCACGUCCAAUAUGCUUCUCUGCACUGGGUUGUGCACCUCCGGGGAGCUUCUAUUAACCCCGUUGAUGGCAGCGAAGUGCACGAGUUUUUGGAGAUACACAUACUUCACUGGCUUGAAUCCCUGAGUCUUAUGCAAAAGAUGUCAGACGGAGUAAGCCAGGUACUGUUGUUGGCCGAGUAUAUUGAAGCCCUUCCUGCAGAGGGGCGAGGCGAGCUUCGCUCAUUGAUUUCUGAUAUCAAACGCUUCUUAUUGUCUUUUCGAAUCAUGGUCGAAGAAACUCCGCUUCAAAUUUAUACAGCUGCUAUUGCCUACUCUCCAAAAACUAGUUCUGUGCGAAAGUUAUUCGAAUCGAGGAUGCUUGCGUCCAUUGGGCGGCCACCAGUGGCUAAGAAGCACUGGGACUCAUGGCAGCAUUCUCUGUCAGAAAGCCAGAGUUCGAGCAUUUCGUUCUCGCCCGAUGGGAAGAUGGUGGCUUCAGACACAGCUAGAGUCUGGGAUACUAAAACAGGGACGCUGUUAAACACGUUCGAUAACUCAAGCUAUGGCAAGUUCGUCAAGUUCUCGCAUGAUGGGAAAAUGAUUAUAUGUCUAUCGACAGAUGGAAUCUUCAGAACUUGGAACGUUUACACCGGCGUCAAGGAAAAAGAAAUAAGAAUCAAAAAGCCCGAGCCAUCUGGGAAAACAUUGUCAGUUACAAGCGUGCUGCUAUCCCAUGACCAAUCCUUAGGAGUUGUUGGCACGUUCUCUGGGGAGGUAUAUGUCUGUGAUCUUGAAAAUGGUGACGCCAUUACGAGAAUCCACCAGAACAGUGGGAAUUCAUCUGGAAAGGUCACACUUAUUGCCCUGUCUAAUGAUAAAACCAUGGUGGCUUUCUCGAAGAAAGACGGCAGUCUCAUAAUCAGAGACACCCGCAGUGGGGCUAUUUGCGAGGGGUUUCAUGGGACCUUUCAAGCUCGUCGAUUGCGACCAGUGGGGAAUUUCCUCUUCAAGUAG